UCUCCGGCCCAAAGGAGCCCAAUGAGCCCUUGACUAGGAGAGAGUACAGCAGAUGAUUUGGAUUUGAAACCAGAGUUGGACUGGAUACUCAUUUCGAGAGUGCUCCUAAGCCACCGCAUGUGAUUAGUUCUACGUGUAACAAUUGUGUUUGACAAGUACUGAGUACAGUGUCGAGUGUGUGGUGGAAGACGUUACUGCAGUGCCAACGUAUCAAUAGUACAUAUAAGCACUACAUUGAAUAAUAUAAUAUUGGCGAAAAAUCAAGGGCAAUUACUAUGUCGAGAGCUGCUUUGAAAUUCGCACUGCUGGUGUUACCUCUAUGCUUAGCCGACAUGUUGUCCCUGUUCGACCUCCGACCGGACAAAUUCGCACACGAUAGGUACGUUUACAGCCGAAAGCAUAUGAAGAUGAGAAAAUUUGGACUAGACUCAUCAGUUGUCGGGAACUUCACCAGUCUCGAUUUCAUGGCCAUGGCAAACGAGCACGGCUAUCCCGCGGAGGAGCACAUAGUGAAGACAGCGGACGGCUACAAACUACGUAUACACCGGAUACCCGGUAGUCCAUCGAAACCAAAGGCACCGGGAAAACCAGUUGUUUUUUUUCAACACGGAGUCUUCGCUUCCUCGGAUACGUGGAUCCUCAUGGGUCCGGAUCACGAUUUGGCGUACAUGUUAGCUGACAUUGGCUACGAUGUUUGGCUGGGGAACGCACGAGGAAACACUUACUCCCGCUCGCAUGUAAAGCUAUCACCUAACCAUAAUCCGAAAUUCUGGCAGUUCAGUUACCACGAGAUCGCUUUGUUCGACAUGCCGGCAUCGAUCGACUACAUAUUAAAGGAAACGCAGCAGCCCUCGUUGAUUUACGUGGGCCACUCGAUGGGUACGAGUAUCAGUUACGUUCUACUGUCCACCAAACCCGAGUACAAUAAAAAAGUCAAACUAGUGAUAAGUUUGGCCCCAGUGGCUUUUUGGCACUCAUCGCCUGGGCCAUUUAUACGGCUUCUCCAGUACAACACUGCUGCUAUAAAAAAUUUUGUGUUAAACGCGAAAAUCAACGAGAUCUUCCCAUUGACGGCCGCGAGCACGCAUUUCGGAAAAAUCGCCUGCAGGGACCAGAGCAUAUUCCAGGAGAUCUGCGUAAACUUCAUUUACUACACGGCCGGCUACAACCCCCACCAGUUGAACGCCAGCGCGUUGCCGCACCUGUUUUCCUUCUUCCCCGCCGGAGGUUCGGUUAAAACGCUGAUUCACUACAGCCAGAAUUUGAACACAGGUGAUUUUAAAAUGUACGACUACGGAGCGAAAGAGAACUUUUUGAGGUACAAGCAACGAGACGCCCCCUCCUACAACUUGAGCAACGUUGUGGCACCAGUGGCCUUGUUUUACGGCAAAGGCGAUGCCAUUUCGGCUCCGGGGAAUACCAUUGAAUUGUCGAAAAAGCUGUCGAACGUCGUGGCUAUGGAAAGUAUAUCCGAUACGAGGUUCAGCCAUUUGGACUUUUUGUUUUCGAGAAAUUUAAAGGAGCUCCUGAACAAUCGGCUAAUUGAGCUUGCCGAGAAUCUACUGAAGCAGGCAAACAUAGUGAGGUAGUGUAACGCUCGGAUUUAAAUGAAAAAAAAAAAAAAAAAAAAAAAAAAAAA